CGCAGAUUUAAAAUUCGAUGAGUUGACAAGUUUGGUUGCUGACCAUUUGCAACCCAAACCUUCAAUAAUGGCUGAGCGUUAUAAAUUUAGACAGCGAAGACAACAGUCAGGUGAAACUGUAUCGCAAUUUGUAGCUGAAUUGAAGAGGCUGUCACGACAAUGUGAGUUCAAAGAAACUUUAAACGACAAUCUUCGUGAUCAAUUUGUGUGCGGGUUAACCAGUGACGUCAUCCGACAGAGACUUUUUGCUGAGUCAGACUUAUCGUAUUCAUAUGCAGUCACUUUGGCAAUGUCAUUGGAAGCCGCCGAAAGAGAUUCUGCGGCGGUGGAGGGUAACAAGGCGAACACAUCACAAGGUGCGGACGGAUUAUACGAUAUAACGGUAGCAAAUUAUCAACACGCCGGCAGCGGUGCAACAAAAGAAAAUGCGGGCAGUUGUUCAAUAUGUGGUAUUUUUGGACAUCGUGCUAUGCGCUGUCGUUACAAACACUUCAAGUGCAAUGACUGUGGGAAAGUGGGCCAUCUGAAGCGUAUGUGUCCCCGGCGCCAACGGGGAAGUGAAGAGAGUGCGCCUCGUCGGCGAACUACAAGCAAGCUGCGUCAGGAGCCUGCAUAUUUUGUUGCCGAGGUGCGCAAUGAAGGAAGAACUGAAAUUGGUCACUCGUCAGAAUCGGAUGGGGAAGUGGAAGCGAUGCAUCAGAUGUCCUUGAGAAAGUACCCAGCGAUACAGUGAGUUGUUUGAUGGAGCGCUGGGCCGGUACACGGGCGGUCGAGCGACGCUUCACGUGCGGGAGGGCGCCGUGCCGGUGUUCUGUCGCGCACGCCCUGUGCCGUAUGCGCUGCGCGACCGAGUCGACAAAGAGUUAGACAGCAUGUUAGAAAAUGGUACUAUUGAGCCGGUGGAACAUUCUGAGUGGGCUACUCCUUUAGUUUUAGUGAAUAAGUCUGACGGAAAAUUACGAGUAUGUGCUGAUUUUAAAGUAACGUUAAACCCCGUAUUAUUGGUUGACAAAUAUCCUUUACCUCGUAUAGAGGACCUUUUGUCCAACCUUAGUGGUGGUAUUCAUUUUUCAAAAAUUGAUCUGUCGCAAGCCUAUAAUCAAAUUGAAUUAGAUGAAAGCUCAAGAAAAUACACGGUGAUUAGUACACACCGUGGUCUUUUUAAAUAUAACAGAUUAGUAUAUGGACUAGCUUCAAGUCCGGGAAUCUUCUCUAGAAUUACUACCAGCCUCUUGUCUGAUAUCCCAGGUGUAUCAGUUUUUUGUGAUGACGUGUUAGUGACAGCAUCAACAAGUCAAGGGCAUUUACAGGCUCUCAAGGAGGUGUUUGAAAGAUUAAAGCGAAGUGGUCUCAAAAUAAACAAAAAUAAGUGCGUAUUUUUUGCCGACUCUGUCAGCUACUUAGGUCAUAUUAUAGAUAAAAAUGGUAUUCGAACAGAUCCAGAUAAAAUAAAAGCUAUCGUGGAUUUGCCCAGGCCAACCAAUAUUACUGAACUCCGAUCUUUUAUAGGCAUGGUUAAUUUUUAUGGCAAGUUUAUUAAGAAUCUUAGCAUGCAUUUAGCUCCGUUAUUUAAGUUAUUAAAAAAAUCAUCUGAGUGGUCAUGGAAUCGCAGCUGUGAUCAUGUUUUUGAACAAGUUAAAGGAUUUCUCACAAGCGCGGAGGUGCUAGCACAUUAUAGUCUAGACAAACCAAUAAUAGUAACGUGUGAUGCCAGUGCAUAUGGUAUCGGGGCUGUCCUAUCCACACUAGAUUCAAUAGGAGAACGACCCAUUUGCUAUGCGUCGCGUGCCCUAUCCGAAGCAGAAAAACAGUACAGUCAAAUACAACGGGAAGCUUUGGCCAUUGUUUUUGCUACAAAAAAAUUUCACCAAUACAUUUAUGGAAGAAAAUUUAUUUUAAAAACCGACCAUAAACCUCUUUUAGCAAUUUUUGGGCCAAAGUGUGGCAUACCGUUAAUGGCCGCCAGUCGUUUGCAAAGAUGGGCGGUAACUUUAUCUGGCUAUGAUUUUGUAAUGGAAUAUGUCAAAACUGAUAAUAAUGCUGCUGACGCGCUAUCAAGACUUCCUUUAAAGUGUGAGUCAUCUAGGAACUUACCUGAGCAGACUUAUUUGCAUUUUGCUCGGGACGCUUUUUUACUAGACCAUAGGGCAUUGCGACUAGAAACAGUGAAGGACCCAAUAUUAGGACGCGUUUUUAGCUAUGUCCGUGACGGUUGGCCGGAUAAGACUGAUAUGAAACAACUACAGCCCUAUUUUAACCGCAAACAUGAAAUUUAUGUAGAAUCGGACUGUCUAAUGUGGGGGCAUAGAGUGAUUAUACCAGAUAAAUAUAAAAAACUAGUUCUGCGUGAAUUACAUGAAACACAUUUGGGAAUGAUGAAAAUGAAAAGUCUAGCUAGGAGCUAUGUGUGGUGGCCGGGUAUUGAUGAAAUGAUUGAAGCUGAGUGUCGGGCGUGUGGGACCUGCGCCUCGCAGGCUUCUUCACCACCAGCUCACACUCCGUGCCCAUGGCCAUGGCUAGGUCGACCCUGGAGGAGAAUACAUUUAGACUUUUUGGGUCCCGUGGUAGGAAGUACUUUCUUAGUGGUCACAGAUUCCACCUCGAAAUGGAUAGAAGUUUUUAAAGUGAGAGGCACAUCGGCCAAAGAAAUUAUAAAAAUAUUAAGACAGUUGUUUAGUCAAUUCGGAUUGCCAACUUUAGUGGUGUCGGAUAAUGGUCCACCUUUUUCCAGUACGGAGUUUAAGUCAUUUUUGACAAAUAACGGUAUUGCUCAAACAUUUUCGGCUCCAUAUCACCCGUCAUCAAACGGAGCCGCCGAAAAUGCGGUAAAAAUAUGUAAAAGGGUUAUAAAGAAAGCUAUAUGCGAUAAUGUAGACAUUGAGGUAGCGCUGCAUCGGUUCUUAUUGCUUUAUCGCAAUACGGAACAUGCAACCACGG